AUGGCAUACAACAAAGGAUUCAACCCAGACAGGCUGCCCGCGCAUGCAGAGCCAGAGCAGGCUGCACAAAUGCUGUCGCAGUCCUCACGGCCUCCACGGACAUCGUCUGCGAGGCCGGACUACAACAAGCCCGCUCCACCAGUUCCCGGCUCACAGCAGUCACAUCGCCCAGAGGAGCGCUACGGCGGCCGCCCAGCGAGCUAUGACUCGCGCCCGCCUCCAGGCUCAUUUAACGACCGCAACGACCGCUACGACUCGCGCUUCGAUUCCCGACCCAGCGUCGGCAGCCCCCCACCUGCGAACUACGGCAAUGGGCCGCCGCCGCAGAACUACCACGGACGGCCACCGAUUUCUCAGGUGCAGAGACCCCCUCCAACACCUGCGCCGCCACGAGACGCGAAUGAUCGGGAUGCGCUUUGGAAGCUGUUUGGGGCUGUGGACAGAGAUGCCAGCGGAAGUCUGACAGAAGCUGAGCUACGGACUGCGCUUGUCAACGGUGACUGGAGUCCCUUCGACCCGCAUACCGUACGCAUGAUGAUCAGGAUGUUUGACACUGAUCGCUCUGGGUCUGUGAACUUUGACGAAUUCUGCGGGCUGUGGGGAUUCCUUUCUGCAUGGCGCGGCCUUUUCGACCGCUUCGAUGCAGACCACAGUGGUUCCAUCUCCUAUGUAGAGUUCAACGAAGCCCUGGUCGCUUUCGGAUACCGCCUAUCACAGCAGUUCGUUACCCUACUAUACCGCACCUACGAUCGUGGCGGCCAGAACGCGAUGAGCUUCGACCUGUUCGUGCAGGCGUGCAUCAGCCUUAAGAGAAUGACAGACGUCUUCAAAAAAUAUGACGAGGACCGAGAUGGAUACAUCACAUUAAGCUUCGAGGAGUUCCUGACAGGUGCGCAAGCUCUCUUCCUCUUUAACUCGAUUUCCGAGUCGACUGAUACUGGACUGUAUUAG